AUGGCACAAUUACCUCCAAAAAUACCAAACAAUAUGACACCAAGUUGGCCUGAUUUUUCUCACAAAACAUUGCCUUCCAUUAGCAUUAUGGGGACAUCACCACCCCAUAAUGCUAAUGCGACCACCGCAGAUGUUAUUGCUGCCACCACCACCGCUACUACUUCGUUGCAAAACCCUUCGUGGGUUGAUGAAUUCCUUGACUUCUCGUCGACGAGACGAGGGACGCACCGGAGGUCGGUGAGUGACUCCAUUGCAUUUUUAGAAGAAGCACCAAUGCUAGAGGAAUGUCGUGCCACGGGUACUGCACCCGCAUUAAGGUCAGGACAUAACAGCAGCAGUGACUUCGACAAAUUUGAUGAUGAACAGUUUUUGUCCAUGUUUAACGAUGAUAUCUCCAAUGCUGUGGCGGCUCCUCAUUCAAGCUCCACACCUUCUUCGCCGUCUGAUCAUAACAGCAUUAAUGAUGAGAAACAAGCUACGCUGUCUGAUCAUAAGCAGCAGGAACAACAGCAGCAGAAGAAGGCGAAGAAUGAGAAUGAUGACGGGCAAAGUCUAUCUGAAUGGGAGACACCAAGUACUGUCCCAAGCACAACCAAUCCUGCUAAUUCUUCAAAUGAUAAAAAAAUUGAUCCCAAGAGAGUUAAGAGAAUCUUGGCAAACAGACAAUCUGCUCAAAGAUCCCGGGUGAGGAAGCUGCAGUACAUAGCUGAGCUUGAACGUAGUGUAACAUCAUUGCAAGCUGAAGUUUCAAUAUUAUCACCAAGGGUUGCAUAUCUAGACCAUCAGAGGUUGCUUCUAAACGUUGACAACAGUGCUCUUAAGCAAAGAAUCGCUGCACUGGCUCAAGAUAAGAUUUUCAAAGAUGCUCAUCAAGAAGCAUUGAAGAGGGAAAUAGAGAGACUAAGACAAGUUUAUCAGCUAAAAAACCUGAAGAUGGAAAAUACUUCACCAACAGCAUCAUCAACCCCAUCAAAUGACCCCACAACUCCUGCUACCGAAAAAGAACAGCAGCUUCUUCAAGCAAAAGCAUUUGGAAUUGUUGGAUGCCAUGUAGGAGGAGCUCUUGAAUCAUAA